AUGGUCAAAUUGAUGGAUAAGUACAAAUUCAAGCACAGUUUUUCGGCUAGUUAUAAUCCGUCUUCAAAUGGUCAAGCAGAAGCAUUUAAUAAGGUGUUAUGUAAAAUCAUGGAGAAAACAGCGACAAAGAAUAAGAGGGAUUGGCAUGAACGCCUUCCAGAAGCUUUAUGGGCUUAUAGAACCACUGUAAGGACUGCGACUGGUUGUACACCUUAUAACUUGGUGUUUGGGUCUGAAGCAGUUUUAUCUUCGGAGGUCCAAAUACCUUCAUUAAGAAUUGCUACUCAACUAACAACCCAAGAUGAAAAUGUGCAAGUCUGCUUAGCCGAGCUUGAAGCAUUAGAUGAAAAACGACUUGCUGUUCAAUAA